AUGUCCGAAUCACGACACGACGCAGACAUGGAGGAAGCAUUGGCGCCACGCAGCGCCGAGGUUUGUCCUUUCCACGACGUGGAACCCGCCACACUCGCUUCGCCGUCUCCCACGCCAGGGCGGAGCCGCUGCGCUCGGUGGCAACGCAAGGGCGACCUCGCCACGCGAGAAGGAGCGACGCUCAGCCGCUGCUGCGGCGCUGAAGACUUCGACACUGAGUCCGAGGCCGCGAGCUCCUCUCAGCUGGGCGGCUUCGCCCAGGCGCAAUUCGGGAAACAUGAAGAGCGUGGAGGGAUCGGCAUCGCUCCAGUGCGCAUGCGGGCAUCCGCAGCACUUCUUCACCGUCCCCCGUUUGCGUCUCAGCAGCCCUCCGGGCACGUGCCCGCAGCUCCAGGCGAGCGUCACAAAGCGGCGGAGGGGAAGCGGGGAGACAACGAACUCUCAGAAGACGGAGGGACUCCACGCGGCCGCCCGCGGCUGCCUCGGAAUGAGAGACUCGAAAUCGGGGUUACGCCGCGCCAUCACCGAGGCGGAUACUGCUGCGAAACGCAGCGCCCGCUCGGGGUAACGCGAAGCCUGCCCAACAGACUCGACAGGCAAACGGAAUCGACAGAAGAGGAGGCGGAGAGCGAGUCUGAAGCAGAUGAGCAAGAGACAGCCGAAGCGGCUCUCGUCUCUCCGGCGACCGUUAGCCUGGACCCGCACGUCGCGUUUUCCUCCGAUGCCGAGCAGAGAAUUCAGCGAGGCCGUCACCACGCGCCGCCAGCGUCUCUUCACGAUAUGAGAAGCGGGCGUGCGGCUGCCGCGGGGCGUUCGCCUGCGUCGCGUCGAGAGGCUCUCAGCGUCGAGGGCCUCUGGCACGCAGGCAGAAUCCCCCUCUGCUCCAGCAGCGCAGUGCCCAAGCAGGCCUCCUCGCAGGCGUCCUACUCGCUUGCGGCUGCAGUGUCUGCCGCGUCCUUUUGGGGGGGCGCUGCUGCAUCCGCUCCACGUGACUCUUCGAUGCAGCGCAUGCGCCUCCAAGCUAAAGCCCUCGGAGACCUGGGCGUCGAUGCUGAACGCCCAGGAUCCCCGUUGGAGGUGCCUCUGAGAUCCAGCGGCGUAGACGCAGGGGUCGCCCCGCGAUUCCGAGACCGCGGAAUCGCGCUCCUGAACUCCUCGAUGCACGCGCGAGAAGGCGCCGGAAGAGUGGAGCCGACGCCGGCGCGCCGCAGCGAAACGAGGGGCGAGUUUGGACCUGCAGAGGCGGCGUACGCCGUCCUAGAGUGGAGCAGCGGCUGCGGCGCACAGGCUCAACACACCUGCGCAGAUCCGCCCCCCGCCUGCGGGCGCGUCUCCCAAGGGUCGCCUACGGAGGCGCGGCUUGACAGGGGAGCAGGCGCAGCCGCAACUGGAAACGGAGAGCUUGAGAGCGCGCGAGAUGACGAAGAGAACAACGCCGCUGCAUCCAAGCGAACGGCGCUGCGAGACGCGCGAGCGCACGACGCCUCAUCUGAGAAGCAGGAGGGUGACGGGGCUUGUCGGGUUAGCGUCGGCAAAACGCACGAUGGAGUCGACGCUUUGGAACGCGUUCGCCUGCCCCUUGCUUCUCAUAGCGCUUUUGUGAUCUCGCCAGCGCCGCCUUUAUCAUCUUCCGGCUUCCGCCCGCCUUCGUCGAGCGCGACUCAGAGGGCGCACAGCGCACGCAGGCUCGCGGCAAACUCCGACGAGGAUGAAGCCGCAGCGCGCCGAGGCGCCUGGAACGCAGAAAGAGAUGAAGGCGCAGACGGCUCAGGCGACGAAGGGCGCGAAGCGACUGGAGAGGUAUAUCGCGGUGGGCAACCUGGGACUGCGUCGUUCAGGGGGAUAAGCGCCCUGGCGCGCCCCGAGGAAAGUGUGUCGACUGGGCGAGGACGCAGGAGGACGCGACGCCUGCGCUUAAAUCUCAAGAGCGUUAAGACAUUCUGUCCGCAACAGCCGUGCCGCCGCUUUCAGACGCUUCGGCGGGCACAUCUUCUCCGCUUCCCGCUGUUCCACGUCCGCCUGCUUUCGCGAGCGGCGAAGGUGCGGAAAAUGCAGCACGAGCAUCGCCGGCUGCUGUCGCUUCUUCCGCACCCAAAAAGCCUCUUCGCGGCGGCCGCGCACGUCUCGCUCCGGCACCCCGCGCGUCCGCAGUCGCCUGCUGCCGCGGGCUCCGCGAGGGCCCCUCCGCCGUCUUCUCACUCGUCAAGCAGAAGCCGCGCAGCCACCGCAGCGUCGCCAGCGCGAAGCGACGCCAGCCGUCCUCCGCGCGAUGCAAAUUGGGGGGGACAGGAAGCUCCGCCUUCUCAUUCCAGCCGCUUCCGAGCCGCCGCGGCGGCCUGCGAAGCUUGCGCGAGCCGCGAGUCCGAGGCCCCCGGGGCGGACGACGAAGAGGCGGAGGAAGAGGAGAGCGCGUCUCUCCCGGACCAGCCAAAUAGUGCCGACGUGUGGCGAGACGACUCGCUCUCCCCGACUCCGGCUUCGAAGUCGCGUCCCCCCGCUCGAGCCCUGCGCACAGUCCGUGCUGCGCGGCGCCGUUGUGUGUGCGCAGUUGCGAGAAAGGGAAAGAAGAUCUUUUACACGCACUGCCUCUCCGCCGCGGCGCCACCUUCCUGGUGCUCAUGCGCGUCCUCGGCCUCGUCAUGGACUGCGAGGCUGCCCGCGUCUGGCUCGCGCGCCUCGAGCUCGAGACGGGCGCAGCAGAAUCCAAUCUUCCUGUCGCUUCAGGGCCACGCUCCCGCGCCACCGCUGCCUAGGCAGUCCAGCAGCAAGGCGGCGGCCUUCUCAGAGGGCUCGCUGGCGCACCACGAGGCCUGCAAAACCUCGUCGUUCUCGCUGCACGUCGCCAGCCAGGCGCGCAUGCGCGAGCUCGUCUGGGGUGCGAGCCCGGCAGGCGGCCUCGAGGCGACGCUGCGGUGCUCAGACACGCAAAGCAGACGCUGUCGAACCUGCUGCAGCUCUGUCUCGUUCUCGCCCAGCGACCGUCGGAGGCCCAAAAGCGUCGCGAACCGCGCCGCGUCAGACCUGAGUCCUCGCGAAAGCGUCACAGCCGCGACACUCCACUGGCGACAGACAGCGACCGCAGCGUUCCACGCGGCAGACGCCACCAGCACUGACGAGAGCCUCGCCGCCCUGCGCGGCGCCCGGGGCUUCUGCGGAGCGCGGCUGAACUCUGCAACCAGCGGCGAGGAAGCGAGGGAAUCGGAAGAAGCGAAGGAAGUGAAGGGCCUCUCCCAGACGCCGCCACCGCCACUCCCUGUCGGGGCGGGGCCCCAUGCGCAGCCAGAAGGCUGCGCCGAGCUCGCGGCGCGAGACAAGGCGUGCGAGGGCGUUCACCCGGAGGAACGGGAACGCCGCGCAGAGUCUCAUGGAGGCAGCGAGCGCGGGCGGGAUGCAGGGGGGCGUGUCGAGGGCGAGGCGGCUGCCGAGCGGCGCGGCAGGCUGACAGAGGCGCGGCAAGAGCGAAAAGGGACGCGUCACGGGCCUUACCCUCCGCAAAGCUCGCUCGUCGCGAAAGUCGCGUCCGCGAGUCCUGCUGCCAGCGCUGAGGCAGCGGGAAAAGGGUCACGAGUGCGCGCGGCGCAUGCGCGGAGGCCAGCAUACCGGGAGGAGGAGGCCGGGGAGGGGGAAGGCGAGGCGUGCUUCGAGCGCCUGCGCGCGGCGCUGGGGAACCCGCCGACGUCGUGCCCGCUGCAGCACUGUCCGUUGCUGCCGCUGUCCUGUCGGCACUCGGCUUGCUGCGAUUCGUUUCUUCGAGACGCAGAGAAGCGCGAGUUCGGGGGGCACUCGUGUGUUCGCUCAAACUUCUCGUCGACGACAGACAUCCUCUUCAACAAAUACGUGCGGGAGAUCGACAACGCAGAGCGCCAAAAGGAGCGGGAGGAGCUCGAGGCCGCCAGGCGAGAAAACGGCGAAGUUAGCGAAAUCGCGCAACUCCAACAAAUCGUCGUAAAAAGCACGAAACUGGUUUAUUUCCUCAUCAUCGUUAACAUCGUCGUGAUCCUGCUCUGCGUCUUCUUCGCCCUCUUCCCCUUCCACCUCACAGAGCCGGAGCCCAGCAUGAGCGAGGAGUUACCUGAGGCAGGUUUGCGUGCGUCUCCUGAACAAGGCAGAGAGUCUCUGCGCUCUCUGGGCGCCCUGCCUCCCUCUGCUUCCAACGUGCCCUCUCUCCGCCAUGCCACCCCGCCCCCGUAUUCCGCGCGGAGCUUCGAGCUGCUGCCAUCGCCUGAAUCAGCUCUUUCGACGUCUGCGAGCGCCCUGCAUUCUUCUGCGCCACCGCUGUCUUCGGCGGCGCCACCGCUGUCUUCGGCGGCGCCACCGUUGUCUUCGCCGGCGCCGCUGCAGCAUUUGCCGACUGACGCGGGCGACCCGCUUCCGCCGUUUCUUUCUUCUUCAGGAGAGGUCGCGGGCCGCGAUGCGCGUCACCGCGCAGCCCGGCGCCGGCUCUUCGAGGAAAGGGCUGUCGGCUCGAGACGAAGACUCUUGCGAACUUCCAACGAAGCCCUCGGCGCCCGAGACCGCUCGCUGCCAUGUUCGCCUCGCACAGAAUCGAAAAACGGCGUCUCUGCAGAUGCAGGGCACACGCCGCAAGGCUCCCUCAGGCUGAGUGCCGCGGACGCGGCCAGCGGCGAGCAGCCGACCAUCCGGAGAGAGGAGAAACAUGCGGGGGUAGAAGCCGUGCGCAGGCCCACGAACGAAGAGUUGGAAGGAAAACAUGUUUUCUCUGAGAUGACAAACGCGACGGGAGGGCCCCUGGUUGUCCUUACGCCAUUGACUGAGCUCGCGGAAGUCCCGGUCGAGGCUUUCAAGGAUCUCGUUAUCGUCCUCAAGAUUUACCCGGCUGACGGCGAGCAGGGGGGCCAGCGCGCAACCGUGACGAAGGUGUUGAGCGUCGCCGCUGCGGAAGAGCAUUUUACGCGCGAGGCUGGACAGCGGGAGAAGAAGAAAAAAGUUGUUUUCUUCUAUACCGGCGAGUCGCUGGAAAUUGAUAAAGAGGCGGCGCUGCUGCGGAACUCCCGCGGCGAAGGCGUCUACGCGUGGGACUUCUUCGCUGAGACCAUGUCGCCUCUCUCACCCUCGCAGCCGACGGCGGUGGCCCGCGCGCGGAGCGACCCGCUGGAGACCUGCGGAGAGGCCGACGGCGAGAGGCGAAGAGCCGAGUUUGGUGCCGCCAAGCAGGCGCGGAAGGUGCAGGAAAGCGCCUCUGAAGUCCGGCACACGCGGCGCGUCGCGACGCCUACUGGCAGUCUCCUUCGCCCGGUAGACAUCCCCAGCUUGCGCGGCGAAGCUUCUCUCGCGACAGCAGAGGACGAGGCGAACGCCGCAGAUGCGUCCGCGAGAGCUCUGGAGCCCCGUGACGGCGCGGGCCGCGGCGCGGUUGAGGGAGGAGAGACAGGAGACAAACACCCCGCGGCUCUGCUGCUAAGGAGCCUGGACGAACCCGAGCCGCGCGACGCGACGAGUACCGGCAGGAACGCUGAAGCCGCGGAGGCAGCAGAGGCAAGGCGCCAUGCCGACAGCGCGAACGCAACGCGGCAUGGGGAGAGCGAAGCAGCCGCGGGCGCUGCCUCUCUCAGAACGGCAGCCGCGGCGGAGCGAGCGGCUUCCGAGGGGACCGUCCUGGCCACCGGCUUCGCGCGGCGAACGGAGUUUCCUUUCACAGCACAGACAAGUGACCGCAUGGAGGUGCAGGCGAAGGUCGCAGCCCCCGAGAACUCCGCGCGGGCGACGUCCCACACGGACCGAGCCGCAACAGGCGGCGACCCCUCUCAAAAACGAGGCGCAGGAACGGAGAGACUGGAAAUGGAGGCUAAGGGGCGCGAGGGCGACACACACACAGGAGCAAGAAACAACACGCGUGUCGACUGGACGAAGGAACAGCAGGCGUUCGGCACACGGCGCGAGGCAGUUUCAGCUGCAGAACGGUUCGGUUCGGGAGCUCGUCAGCCGCAGGAAGCGGUGUCACUGACUGCAGGAGGGGGGAAGGACGCGCCACAGAGAGAAGCAAAUGCCGCGGAGCUCGCGGCGUCGCGGGCAGAAGCAGAACGAGAAAAUCGGGAUGGAGCCGGACGGAGUGUACCUGAGCGACGCAGCGUGAAGGAACCGGAGGCAGAGAAUCGCGUACCGCCUAGACGACUGAUGGCAAAUGCGAUGCUCGGAUUUGCCAACACGUUUGACCAGUUCGCCCGUCUCGGUGGAGCCUUAUUAAGUCCUGCGAUCUCGAUUGCGCAGACCCUCGACGUCGCCGGUGCGUUGCUGGCGAAUCCUCAGGCAGCCACGCUGACGCCGGCGAGCCUGCCGCCGUAUGUGUCUCCAUCUUCAUCGUCGCUCGCAUUUGCAUCUUCUGGCUACCCUUCCUACGGCGCCUACCACGCGCCGCAGGGCUCGGUGAUGGCGGGCGUCGCCGCGAACACGCCGCCGCCGCCGCGGCUGCCGCUCGCCGUGGUGGAGCCCAACGUGAGUCUCGCGACCGCGAGCCCCGCCUACGGGCCUGCGGCGGUGACGCAGUCGCAGCCCCACCAGCUGUUCACCUCGGGUGCGCCGCAGCAAGCAAUUUACUAUCCGACGGGCCUCGCGGGCCCAGGGUUUGCGGUCUCCACGAGCACGGUCGACACUUCGUCGUUUCUCACGCAGCCCGUCAGCUACUACGGCGCGGUCCCGGCUGGCGCCACGUGGACAGGAAGCGGGGGCUACCAGGCGAUCACGGUCGCCGCCAGCUCAAACGCCGAUCUUCCUUUGUACGUCUUCGCGACCGGUCAGGAAAACCCUGGAAGUCCGCAGGAGGCCCUUUCGGCGCGCGACGGGAGAUACCUCGACGCACAGAACGGUGCGGGUGCCGGCAACUCAGGCCAAAGCGGCAUGCUGAGUGCGUCCCUCGGGCCGCCGCUGCGGAGACUGCUAGCGCAGCGACUGGCCUCCGCGGGCGCCGGGCGCCAAACGAUCGGCCAGGAGAGAGGCGGAAACGAACGGGGGGGGAAGGCGAAGAUCCAGGAGUGCGCACGCACAGACGAAUGCGCGGAAGAGACGCCAGGUGGGCGCGGAGGCGCGAAGAAAACAAGGAUAAACCUCCGAGGGGAAUGUGCAGCAGCACCCAGCGAUUCUGAGCGGAGGAGCGUAGCGGCCACCGGGCUCGCAGACGGUGCUGGUGAUCAGUGGAGCUGUCAUGGAGCUGUGCGUGCUUACGCGGAAAUAGAGAUUCAGCAGAGACACGCGUCCGAGCCUACAGAUACCGAAGCGAAAAACGGGAUAAACGAGGCCAACGGUGCGAGUGGAGAAGAAGAGCACUUGACGCACCUAUAUCAGGUUGACGAACGAAUCGAAAUAGGCAAAGCUGCAGAGGAUGUGACAGCGCAAAGGACGCACUCCUCUGCAGUGAGCGCGAAGAAGGGAGUGGCAGAAGGUGUGGAGCUGCCGCGACCGCCGGCAUCAGAGCUGUGCGACAGCGAGUAG